CUAGAACAGAUCACAUAUGUGCGGUAUGAUAUGAUAUUGUUUGGACCAUGUAGAGAACAUUGAGCGAAAAAUGAACAGUUUGUUUAACUAGCCACAAGAAAAAUCGACCUAAUAUCCAAGGAAAAAUCUAUGUUUAUUGAAAUAUAAAUUACAUUACAACACGCAUGCAUAAUUUUGAUACCAUAAAUUCCUGUAAAUAAUAAAAAUACAAAACCAGAGCAACCCAACUUACAUCGUAACGUCAUAAAUAUUAGCAUAAUGUCAUAUGGAGACAUGAUUGUCUCUAGCUACUAUGUGACGAAGGGUGGUUUAUAAAUGAAGAAAGGGACGAGAUUCACAAAAUUAGAAUUGAGACUUGGGUCUCAUUGAGGAGCUGGAAGAGUGGUUGAGUGGGCUGCUAACACGAAUUGGAAAGUGAGUUUAGUCUGUAAGAGGGUAAAAAAUGGUUGAGUGGGCUGCUAACACGACUUGGGUCUCAUUGAGGAGUUGGGAGUGUUUGAUCCCACCAAGGAGAAGAAGGGAAACAAGAAGAUGUGGAGGCUGCUGCCUCACACAACGAAAAAGCCUCGCGUGUUCAUGGACGACGACCCACGAAAAAACCAGGCAUAUCUAUUGAAAUGCAACGGAGAACUGAUCUCGAUUGUGGUCGGUCCCAUGGGAGAAUUCGUGAGAAUUCUCCGGUUUUACGAGCGUACGAAAACAUGGCAGGUUGUUCAGAGUCUCGACGAUCGAAUGGUCUUCUUGAGCCUCACGGGUUGUGUAGCCACAACAACGUGUGACAACAACGAGAACGAUGAUGCACGAAUUCGAGAGUUGAAGAACACGAUCCACUUCCCUAGACUAGUCCUCGACGACAACCAUGUGCUCUACUCGAUUUCGUCCGGUCAGUUUCACUCGCUCGACUCCGAGUACACGUCGGAUGACUUGUACGGCACGAAACUCCCGUUGAAUCACGCCUGGAUGAUCCCGACUUUUUUCAUUCCCAACGCUCGAUCAAAGUGGUCGUCCAGAGUAGUCCAUCAUCGUCCACCAAAACCCAAAAGCGACGCCACUGUACAUCCACAUUACGUCAUCAGGAGCUUGACUUUCUUGCAAAACAAGCAACCUGGAGAGAUCAAUGUCUCAAACAAGCAGGCGGCUGCGGCGCAGCAGCAGGAAGCACCAACAGCACGUCCGUGUUUCGUGUUCCCUAAUGAAGAAGAAGACGAAGACUUGUUGGUCGACUUAUCCAACAACGGGCCGACUGUUCUGAGAAAUACGGAGCUAGCUGCGAGACUCGUAGAGAUGAUCGUGCACAGCACUGCUUACAGAACACUGGUGUUGGUGGAAGAGACUGGGUGCUCUUUACUGGAUCCACUGACCAUGAUUGAAACGCCACUGCCGUCGUGGGAACUGACCUUCGGCUUCAGCGACGUUCUGCUGCUCCGUCGUUGUGAAUCCGAAUCGGUCGUGGUGGUCUUCGGUAGGUACAGAUCACAACAGGGCAAGGCAGCAGCAGCGGACGAUCCCGUCGCGGCUAUGCUGUGGCGAGAUGGCGACGAGAGAUGGACGAGAUUCGCAAUACCGUCCAAGAGGGGAAUCGACACCACCUAUGGAGUUGCCGUGUAUCGGGGCAAGAUCUACGGGUGGUAUACGUCGUUUUGUUUCGCCGUUAUGGAAUUUCGCCACGACGGGUGCAGGAUCGAGCCUGUCUCGAAUGUCGGAUUCCCGACACUCCUCCAUCACCCGGGAUCGGUCAGCUUUCGAUCCGCCUUGGUUGAAUCUUGCGACGAGCUCUUACUUCUCGUCAGGUACUAUCAACACGGAUGUUACUUGGGUUACAAGUAUUAUGCAGGGAGCGUUCCUAUAGACGUGAAGGCGUUCAAGAUGGAUUCGGAAGCGAUGGACUGGAAAAUUGUGGAAGAUCUGGGAGAUCGAGCGUUCUUCUGGAGCAUGUGGGGUUGUUAUUCGUGUUGUGCUAGCAAAUCGGGGCUACAAAGAAACUGCAUUUACUAUUUAGAGAGAGACGACAUGGAUUUGUAUGCAUUUGACUAUGGAGAUCGUACUGUCUCGAUGCCAUUGGGUCGAUCUAGCAUUGACAUUGAUGAUUGGCCAUUGGAUGCAAUUUUUUUUAUGUGGUACUCCUAAUCUAUUCAUCAUUUACAUACCUGGUUGCUCCAAGGCUGGUAUUAUGCAGCAGGAAGAUCAUGGUCUAUUUUUAGGCACAGUUUUGGCAAUGACUGCAUCAACGCGUAGAGUAUUGGGAUGCCUAGCCUAGUCGAGAGAGAUCCAAGUAGAUUCACCAAGCAACAUGGGUGUCAGAAAUCGAGUGAAUGAAGAUGAAGAAAAAUAUCAAGCAGAUCCACCAAGCAAGUAACAAAGGCUGUGGCAACUCCAUAAUUAGAACCCAUCAUGGUGUUAGACAACUCCCUCGUAACAUACAAUCUUGGAAUGAAAGAAGAAGAGCAUUGCAACAGUACUUUGAUUUUAAACCUGCUAAGGUCUGAAAUAGUAAAUAGCAGCAAACGCUUGAUAUAAAAACCGAAAAGCAGAAAGAUUAUAUAAGCUGAGGAGUAGAGGCAUUGCCAGAUUGGUAAACUGCUCAUUUUUUUAUACCGCCCGAUCCCUCUUCUUCUUCUUCCUUAGUUAUGUGCUUCAUCAAAGAAACCUUUUUAGUCAAUCUGGAAAAAGAAUAGACUACUAAUUGCAAGCCACAGCACAUGUGGCAAGAAGGAUGUAGAGAGUUAGCAAGUGAAUUAGCAAGUCCUGGAGAAUCAAGGCAGGAUGUGACCAUGGAAGAACCACCAUAUAUAUCCUUCCAUAUAUACCUACCAAUCUGCCAGCUAUACGGUUCUAGUCCGCGCCAACUGACAAACAGAAUCCAGAUUACAGAACCAAUCCCCUCUUCCACUUACUUGACGUCGAAAUACACUAGAAAAUAUCUGAAUAGCUACAGCAAAAGAAAAUGUGCUCCCUUGAUUCCAAAUAAAAAGGGCAAAGAGGACAAGAGCUGUCAGUUAGUUUACCUCAUUUCAACUGCUUAUCCCUUGCGUUAAUCCUCCCCAGAAUAACCAGCCAUUAUAGGAUAGGCACCUGGGUACUUUCCUUGAGCUCUUAAAUGAAGCAAUAAUCUCCAACUUCAACAUUGACUGCUGCAUCACCAGAUUGAAAAAUAUAGCCCCUGCUUCGUUCUACCGACAUCUCUCUCCUCCGACAUACAAACCAGUUAUUCGUGGCUGCAAAAAUUUUGAAGGAUUCAUAAGUUAAUACAAUCGCAAUUCGAUGCCCCUUAUACAGCAGAACCACUUUGAGUAACAAGAGGGCUGAAACAGUAACACUCCAGAAAGAGAAGCAAGGAACGGAAUAUCGGAGGGUGCAAAGGAACAAAGAGCAAAACAUAACAAGGUCACACGAUCACAUACAAGGUAACUGAUUAAGGGAACCGGAUAAAUUCUACAUUCACCAGCCAGCUAUUGGCUAAGCUGAGGAAGAAAGAAAACAAAUCAUUUUACUGUCUCACCGAAAUUUUCUGAAAGACAAACACUAACUCAGAAGAAACGAAAUGCACAUAAUUAAUGAAAGGAACAUCCCAUUUGCCAAAUACAUUGGAGUUACCUUUAAUGAAAGCUAGUUACCGGAAAAGCAAAAUACAUGUUCAUUCUCUUGUUGAUUGACAAAAUAUCAAUUCUUGGCAGUGUCUGGUUGAAACAACUCAGAGUAAGUUCAAUCUUCGCAAGCAUGUUUUGUCUAAUGAAAGAAACAACAGAAACUUGUAGAAUGUGAAUCAUUCAAUUGAGAGAAACAACAACCCAGUCAAAAACUCAUGCAUCCAAAUUAAAAAGCAAGUGGCAAAUCAGACCCUGAUUGACGAACAUUUUCCUAAAUUCGAUCAAAAACAAAACUGGUUGACGGAGAUGAAACUCGCAUGAGAUCUAAAAUGACAGACACAAAAGACUUGGCCAAAAAGAAAAUCUUGUCUGAAUG